CGAGGCGUGGUGGCGGUUCAGGUCGAGGGUGACCAAGCACGUGGUGGCUCCCGAAGCGGCUCGCGCCUCCGUGCCCGAGCUGGACGCAGUCACCACAGACUUCGUACACAGAAUGGAGGGCUUGAUCGAUGAAAAACGCGAACUGCCAAAGGACUUUCAGACGGAACUCUACAAAUGGGCCCUCGAGUGUGUCGGAGCAUGGGCAUUGGGUACAAGAUUGGGUUGCUUGAACGAAGACGACGCUGCAGCGAGGGAAAUUAUCCGUUGCAUUCACGGAUUUUUCCAUAGCGUGCCCGAGUUGGAGCUGUCUGCACCUUUGUGGCGGCUCUACCCCACCCCCGCAUACAACACCUACGUAGAGGCGCUGGACGCCUUCAGAUCGCUCUGCUUGAAUAGACUGACUGAUAAAGGUGUGUGCGCGAAGAUAGCGCAAACUUCCGGAGAAAAGGUGGCGGCGAUCCUGGCGCUCGAUUUACUGCUAGUCGGCGUGGAUACGACCGCCGCGGCCGCAGCCAGCACUUUCUACCUUCUAGCUAAGAAUAGUAGAGUUCAGAAUCGCCUACACAAGGAAUUGGAUAAGAAUUUACCACAGGACAGAGUUCUCACGAGCAAGGAUUUGGAUCGGUUGCCGUAUCUGCGUGCCUGCAUAAAAGAAGCUUUAAGAAUAAAGCCAGUCAUCUUGGGAAACGGCCGCUGUCUGCAAUCUGACACCGUCAUCUCCGGAUAUCAGGUUCCAAAAGGGUCGCACAUAGUGUUCCCGCACUACAUAAUGUCGAACGAGGAGCGCUACUUCCCUUCCCCCGAGUCUUAUGUCCCGGAGCGGUGGCUCAAGGACCACGUGGACCAGCAGGCCGGGGGCCGAGGAGCUUGUCCAUACAAGGGCAAAGAGGCGGAAGAGAAUGAGGUGGGGGCUGGCGCGCAUGCGCGGGCCGUGUGGCUGAGGCAGAGGGAGACGGGUAUACACCCGUUCGCGUCGCUCCCGUUCGGCUUCGGGCGACGGAUGUGCAUCGGGAAGCGCUUCGCGGAGACCGAGCUACAACUCCUGCUGGCCAGGACGUUUCACCGGUACACCGUCUCAUGGCAGCACGAUGACUUGACCUACAGCGUCACCCCAACGUAUAUACCUAACGAGCCGCUUCAGUUCACGCUACAGCCGAGGAGAUAAAGGUCCACUAAAGAAAUUGAGC